AUGGCGGCCCUGCUCUUGGGGCAGCUUCGUUCCCGCUUGGCCCGAGCGCCUUCGGGGGCGGGGCGAUGGCGGGAGUACCGUGGGGGCCCUGGAACGCCGAGCUCCGCGGUGAGAGUCAGGUUCGCCCCGAGUCCCACAGGCUUCAUGCAUUUGGGAGGCCUACGCACUGCCUUAUACAACUACCUCUUUGCCAAGAAAUACAAAGGGAGUUUCAUCUUAAGGUUGGAAGACACAGAUCAAACUCGCCUGGUGCCUGGGGCUGCAGAGAACAUUGAGGAUAUGUUGGAAUGGGCAGGCAUUCCCCCUGAUGAAAGCCCUCGACGUGGAGGUCCUGCUGGGCCCUACCUGCAGUCUCAACGCCUAGAGCUGUAUGCCCAAGCUAGUGAGGCACUGUUGCAGACUGGGGCUGCUUACCGUUGCUUCUGUACACCCCAGCGACUGGAGCUGCUGAAAAAAGAGGCCUUAAGGAAUCAUCAGACACCACGGUAUGACAAUCGGUGCCGACACUUGAAUCCUGAGCAUGUAGCCAGGAAACUGGCAGAGGGGUCUAAGCCAACUAUCCGCUUCCGUCUAGAGGAGGGAGCUGAGACUUUCCAGGACCUGGUAUAUGGCUGGAAUCGGCACGAAGUAGCCAGUGUUGAGGGUGAUCCUGUGAUCCUGAAGAGCGAUGGCUUCCCCACCUAUCACCUGGCCUGUGUGGUUGAUGACCAUCAUAUGGGCAUCAGCCAUGUCCUUCGAGGCAAGGAGUGGCUUGUCUCUACUGCCAAGCAUCUGCUUUUAUACAGGGCCCUGGGUUGGGAGCCACCCCACUUUGCCCAUUUGCCUCUGCUUCUCAAUAAGGAUGGCAGCAAGUUGUCUAAGCGGCAAGGGGACAUCUUCCUGGAACACUUUGCUUCAGCUGGCUUUCUCCCAGAGACUUUGUUAGACAUCAUCACUAAUUAUGGCUCAGGAUUUGCAGGGAACCAGAUGGGGAGGACGCUGCCAGAGUUGAUAGAACAGUUUGACUUAACUGGGGUCAGCACCCACUCAGCCCUUCUGGAUCUGGAGAAACUUCCUGAAUAUAACAGGCUGCAUUUGAUUCGAUUGUUGAAUGAUAAGGCUCAGAGGCUCCAGCUUGUGAAAGAGGUUCGGGUCAUGGUGGAGGAGGUAUAUGGAGAGCAGCUGGAGGACAGGGAUGUCCUCAGUGACGCAUCCAUAGACAGAAUUCUUUUGCUAGGACAGGGGCGCAUCAGUCGCUUGAAGGACUUGGUCUCACCGGCGUAUUCCUACCUGUGGACGCGCCCUGCUGUGGCCAGAGCACAGCUUCAGACCAUCUCAGGAGAACUGGAUGUGAUUGCUAAGCUGGUCCUGGGGUUGUUGGAAACACCUGGCAUAUCUCUCACUCAGGAGGUGUUGAACCAAGAGCUGAAAAAACUAUCAGAGAAGACAGAAGGUGUCGAGUAUGUCAGAAUGAUGAAACUUCUUCGGGUGGCACUUACUGGACAGCAGCAUGGUCCAACUGUUGCAGAGAUGAUGGUGUCCUUGGGACCAAGGGAAGUUCGGGAACGGAUACAGAGGGUGCUUUCAAGCUAGGAAGAUUGUCAGGAUGAAUGCACAAAGACAGCUGGUAAACCACUUUUCUGGAAAUUGCUAUUGGGACAUUGUGGCUGAAACCAGUGUUCAACAGGAAGUCUCUGGUAUUGAUGUGAGAACUGUAUUUCUGAUUGUAGAUAGGUGGGCAUGGGCUGCAGGUAGGAUGUAUUUGAUGGUUCCCUCUGGUUUAAUUUUUCUGAUCUGUUGGUCUGGGGAGAGCCCAUCCCUUUCAGACCAUCUUUCCAUUUCCUUGCAGCAUAUUACAUACCAAUGGUUUGGGAUUGGUUCCUGGUUCCUGGAAGUAGUUCCCAUCUAAACAUUGUGGCAGAACUACAGGCUCACAGAUAGGACUCAGGAUUAAUUAUCUGAGAUUUGUUACUAUCUGGUCUUGUGUCAGAGAGCUCCAUGAUCCCUUGCUCUAAGUCCCCAGAGUGAGGCUUAACUAGGUAGGAUCUUGGGGGAUCACCCACCAGUGUGAGGGUGGGUGGGCAAGGCUGAGAGAACCCUGGCAUUCAUUAGAAUGAUGUUUUCUGCUUCAUUGCUAAUCUAGUGUCAAGGAGUAUUUUCCAGAUAGAAAUGGAACAUUUUCUUUUUUUAUUGUCAUGCAAAAUACACUUUCAUAUUGGUCAUUGUUGUAAGAGCACACUCAUACAUAACCAAACCCCCCAAGUAAAACCAGAUAUACUGAUGGGAAAGACAACUCCAGCAGUUCUUUCUCUGGAGGUGGAUAACAUUCCUUGUCAUAAGUCUUUCAGGACACCCCAGAUUGCUGAGAGAAAUUUUCACAGAUAAUCAUCAUUUAGUAUUGCUGUCAUUGUGUAUUAUGUUCUCUGAGAGUUCUGCUCAUUUUGCUCUACAUCAGUUCCCAUAGAUCUUACCAGCUUUUUCUGAAAUCAUUUUGCUUAUUAUCAUUUUCCAUAGCACAAUAGUCUUUCAUUACUAACAUAUACCACAAUUUUUUCAGCCAUUCCCCAACUGAUGGACAUCUGUAAAAAAUAGACUCGAACUCUGGACUUCAAUCCCCACAAGCCCUUGCUCCACUUCCCCAAAAUGCUUUGUAAUCUCAUGGAAUUCUGAGGUGGGCUGAGAUUGAGAAGGGAUUUAACCUGAUUGCAAAGGCUUUUGUGGUCUCUUUUGGACUUCCGUUUUGGAGCAGACGCGGCUCUUCCAUGAUGUGAGAUUAUCUUGUCUAGGCCUCUCUGGCCUAGGCACACAUUUUUUAUCCUUUAUUUCUUUUAAUCCUUAAUCUCUAAUAAACCUCUAAAAAAUAUAAUACUCCUUGCAGAGAGAAACUAAUUUCUACCUGCCUCAGUCUCCCCUAAAUUUUAAUCUUUACAUAUCCAUUCAAUGAAAUGGAAGAUUUUCUUUUGUUAUUUAUUUCAUUUUAAAAUUUAUUUAGAGUAUUUUUCCAUGGUUACAUGAUUCAUCUUUUUUUCCUCCCCUCUUCUCUCCCCACUUCCAGAGUUGACAAGCAAUUCCACUAGGUUAUAUGUGUAUCAUUGUUCACAACCUAUUUCCAUAAUAUUUGCAAUAGAGUGAUUGAAAUAAAAGAUUUUCUAAACCCUCAGAUUGGAAUGAAUACUUCUGAAGUCCUUUGUAUACCCAAAGACCACCCAUAUCAAGUAGCUGUGAUUUGGUAGGUUAAAAAUUUUAUCAUUUUUGUUAAUGCCUUUUUAAUAUUUCCCUCCCAUUAUUCCUCCUCUAUGAUCCAUCUCUUGGAAAAAGCUUUAAAAAAAGAGAGAAAAAAGUAACUUGGCAAAACUGACCAUGUAUGACAGUAUCUGUAAUAUUUCAUAUCCAGUUUUCCUUCCUCACUCAGUUCAUGAAGAGAGGGAGGUAUAUUUUUCCAAUUCUUUUCCAGACCAAGCUUGAAUAUUAUAAUUAUGCAGUAUUAGGAAAGGGACUUUUUAUACUGUUCUUCCAUGACAAUUAACAAUAAAAACCCAUGGAAAGUUCUAGAUGGGCUUUGUGUUUUCUUCAAAAACAGGGGAGCUAGAAGAAACUAGGGCUACCUUCUUUGUCACAGUGGAUCAGGAAGUUGCAUGUCAGAAGCAGUAGAUGCUGUGUUUUAUAGGGAAGGCAGAGUUGGGAGGCCACUUCAUGGGGCCAGCAGAAGGAAAGAAAGAGUGAGUUGGAAUUGAGAUAGAUAGAUCCCCAAGGUAGGAUACUGAGAAGAGGUCCUGCUUGUUACAAUCUUCCAUCUUUCCCAUAUAGCUGCUUUCCUACUCCUUAUUCCUAGAACAAAGAUUCUUAACUUGAGGUCUGUGAACUUCAAAAAUAUGUAUUUAAUCCCCUCCCCACCUCCAUUACAUAUAAAAACAGUUUUUAAUAUUUGUUUUUUGAGUUCUAAAUUCUCUCCCUCUGUGAUCCUUCCUCUCACAGAUGGUAAGCAAUUUGCUAUCAGUUAUACAUUUCCAUUAUGCAAAACAAUUCCAAUUUUUUCAUGUGAAAAAAAAACACCACCAAAAAAAGCCCAUGAAAAAAUAAAGUGAAAAAUAGUGUGCUUCAAAUUGCAUUCAGAUGCUAUAAGUUCUUUCUCUGGAGGUGGAGAGCAUUUUUCAUCCUAAGUCCCUUAGAAUUGUCUUAGAUCAUUGUAUUGCUGAGAAUAGCUAAGUUAUUUUCAGUCGUUCAUUAUACAGUAUUGCUAUUACUAUGUACGAUGUUCUUCUGGUUCUGUUCACUUCACCUUGCAUCAGUUCAUGUAAGUCUUUCCAGGUUUUUUUGAAAUCAUCCUGUUAGUAAUUUCUUAUAGCACAAUAGUAUUCCAUUACAAUCAUAUGGUAUAACUUGUUCAGCUAUUCUCCCUUUUAUGAACAUCCCCUCAAUUUCCAAUACUUUGCUAUAAAAAGAGCUGCUAUAAAUAUUUUUGUACAAGGAAAUCCUUUCCUCCAUCUUUGAUCUCUUUGGGAUAUAGACCUAGUAAUGGUAUUUGGAUCAAAGAGUAUGCACAGUUUUAUAGUCCUUUGGGCAUAGUUGUUUUUUUAAACCCUUAUUUUUGUCUUAAAUUGAUACCAAGUAUAGAUUCCAAAGUAGAAGGGCUAGACAACUGGGGUUAAGUGACUUUCUCAGGGUUAUAUAGCUAGGAAGUAUCUGAGGUUAGAUUUGAACCUAGGACCUCCUGUCUUCAGGCUUGGCUCUCUAUCUAUUGAGCCACCUAGCUGCCCAAGGCAUAGUUCAAUACAAUUUUUAAUAAUCAUUUUUUGACAUUUUGCAAUCCAGGUUCUCUCCCUCCCUUCUUCCUACCUUUCCCCCUUCCCCAAGAAGGCAGGUAAUAUGAAUAUAGGUUGUACAUGUGUUAUACAAUACAUGUUUCCAUAGUUGUCAUGUUGUAAAAGAAUUACAUAUUACUUAUACUAGACAAAAAUUCACGUAGGAAAUAAAGUGAAGAAUGGUAUGCUUCAAUCUGUAUUCGGGUUCUGUCAGUUCCCUCUAUGGCAGUGGAUAACCUUUUUUGUCAUGAGUCCCUUGGAGUUGUCCUGGAUCCUUGCAAUUGUAAAAGUUAAAAUUAAAAUCUCAAUAAUAAAAAUAUUAUAUUUUAAGAGAUUUAUUAAUGAUCAUUAGAAAUCAAGGAAUAAAGAAGAUACAAAAUAAAGACCACGUGCCCAUGGCUGAUCAGCCAGUUCAAACACUCACCUUAACACCACCAAGCUCGGGACAGGAAGGAAAGAAGUGGGACCCUUCACGUCUUUGCCUAAUAUCACCUGUCUUCAGGAAGUCAGUGGGCUCCUGGGAAAUGUAGUUCUUUUUAGGGUGACAUUUUCAAUUAUACACAAUGCUGAUAGUGAUGAAGUCAUUUACAGUUGAUCAUUAUACAUUAUUACUGUUACUGCAUAUAACAUUGUCCGGUUCUGCUUACUUCACUUUGUAUCACUUCUAUAAGUCUUUACAGGAUUUUGAAUCAUCUUAUUUAUCAUUUCUUAUGGCACAAUAGUAUUCCAUUAAUUUGCCACAACUUAUUUAGUCAUUCCCCAAUUGAUAGACAUCCCUUUGGUUUCCAGUUCUUUGCCACCACAAAAAGAGCUGCUAGGAUAUUUUUGUGCAAGUAGGUCCUUUCUCCUAUGCUAUGUUGAUUCUUAUGUGCUUCCUCAUGUGAGAUAAUUUGUCCCUCGAAUUCUCUCCUUUCGUCUUUUUCCAGGUUAUUCCUCUUUAUUGUCCCUUGAUUUUGUUUUAUAUCAUCCGUCAUAUUCAACUUACUCCCUGCUCUCUAUGUAUGUUCCUAUUCACUCCCCUAACAGUAAUAAAGUUCUUUAGUAUCCUAAGUACCUAGAUAACUUAGGGUACUUCAAGUAUCAUAGAUAUCUUAAGUAUCUCAGUUAUCACUUUCUUCAGUAUUUAACUCUGUUGUUUCCCUUGUUUACCUUAAAUAUCUUAAGGACUUUAUCUUUUGUAUCUUAAGUAUCUUAGAAUAUGCAGGAAUGUGAUCAGUUUAAUUUUACUGUGUGCCUUGAGAAUUUUUUUUUCUGUGUAACUUUUUAUGUUUCUCUUGAGUGUUAAAUUUAGUUACAGAAUUUUCUUUUCAGCUCUGGUCUUUAGUUAGGAAUGCCUAGAAGUCCUCUAUUUUAUCAAAUGAGCAUUUCUUCCCCUGGAGUAGAAUGUUCAGUUUCACUGGGUAGGUGAUUCUUGGUUAUAGACUUAGAUCCUUUGCCUUGUGGAAUAAUAUAUUCCACACCUUGCAGUCCUUUAAUGUAAGAGGUUGCUAGGUAUAAUCCUGAUUAUGACUUCAGGGUAUUUGAGUGAGACAAGAACUUCCUGCUGUCCUAUCUUUUCUUUGGCUGAAACCCCGAUUCAUUCUAUGUUCCUUACCCUGCCAUCUUGUUUGCCAGAAAUGGCAGUCAUCCUUAGGUGUCUUUCUUUAGCUCUUAAUUGAUUGUGGUGAGUUGAGGGAUUAAAAAAAAAUUAUUUCAGGGCUAGAAAAGGCCAUUGAUAUAUCUAGUUCAACCUCAUUUAAUAGAUGAGGAAACUUAGGCCCAGAGAUGUUAGGCAGUAUCAUGCUCAGGGUCCCAAAAGAAUGUGCAGGCCCAGAAACAAAGGAAAACCCUUUAGAAAAAAAGGCUCCUCAAUGACUUAUUUUUCCUGAAACCUCCCCAAAUUUUGAAUUAAUAACUUUUUUGAAUAAUUCAAAAUUUAAUGUUCAUAUCUUCCCUCCCUCCAGACUUGCAAAAUAAUUUCAAAAAACUAUAUGUAACUCUGAAAAUCUUUUAUAUUUUAGGACCUCCACAUUACAUUUUAGGAGGCAGGAGAAGGGAUCAGACAUAGCUUGAGUUUCUACCCGGAAACCUGAGAAAAUAUCUCUUCUGGGCUGAUUAAAAUUAGCAUCAACUCCCCACUUGUCAGUAAGCUGGCCACAGUGUAUCAGACAACAGAUAACAGGAAAGGGAAGGAAUAAACAUUGUAUAUUCUGUAUCAAGUAACUACUAUAAUCCCAUUCCCCAAAGAUUCCCCAAUGAGUUACCAAAACAUCAUUUGGAAUCCCAUGGAAAAGGCUUCUUGGGGUGGGUUCCUUCUUGAAUUGUUCUCAUUGUGUCCAUUAAGAGCAGCAUGCCCUUCCUCCUUUGAAGGAUCAUAGAUUUAGGGCUGAAAGAGAUCCUAGAGUCCAGCCCCCUCAUUUCUGGAGGAAGAAAUAGACCAGAGUGGUUAAGGGCUUUGCCACUAAAAGUCAUGCAUGAAGUAAGAGUCACAAGUCCUCUGAAUCCAAAUCCAGCUUUCCUCUAUGCUAGGGCUGCCCCUUUAGGCAGAGCCUCACCCUGAAGCAGGAUCUUGGUAUCAUUGCCACAGUGUGAUAAUGUCCACCUUUCUUUGGAGGUUUUCUUAUCUCAGGUUUAUUUUUGUUGGUGACACACUGGUCCUGGAGUCAGAAAGACGAAUUAAAAUUCCACUUCAGACACAAAAUAGCUGUGUGAUCCUGGACUAGUCAUCUCAUUUUACAGACGAGGAACUGAAGCAAACAAGAAGGAGUGACUUGCUCAGGGUCACAGAACAAAUGAGGCUGGAUUUGAACUCAGGUCUUCCUGACUCCAAGGCUGUUACUCUUCAUUGUACCAUCUAUCUACCUUUAAGUGCCAUUCAGAUAAAAUAAUCACCUCAGUUGGACCUCCAGGCAGUUGGCUUAUUUUUUCCACACUUCACUAGGCAAACCGGCUGACAAGUUAUUAUCUGAAUUUAACAUUCUAUUCUCCCUUCUUGGUGUCUUCCUACAGGCUACCCCUCCCCCUUCCCUGGUGGAGGUGGGGGGGACCUUCCUCACUUUUGCUCUUAGAAUCCUUAGUUUCCUAAAGCUCAGGUUUCUCCUUCUUCAAGAUUUUCUUAAUUAUUUUCUCCUUCCUUAGCUUAAUUUGUAUUUCCCUUACCUUUGUAGGCUGUGCUUAUAAUUAGAAUGUAAUCUCCUAAAGGGCAAGGACUGGAUUUUUUGUCUUUGCAUCUUCUGCUCAUUAUACACUGGCACAUAGUAGGCUUUGUAGGUUUGGAUUGAAUAGCCUGGAGAAGAGACACAGAACUGUCAGAACAUGAUGGCUAUCUUCAAGAAUCUGAAGGGACGAGGACUGAUGUGCUUGAACCUGGAGACCAGAACCAAUGGAUGGAAGUGAAACAUUUCAGUUUAAUAUAUGGAAAAGUAUAAUAAACAUUAGAGGUGUCUUGGAAUGGA